CAGUGAAUAAACCUGUGAAGACAAGAUGAUGCAGAACAAGAUUCAACUCGUGGUUUUUCUCGCAGGAAUCCUGUCGAAGGCUUCAUGUGAUCUGUAUCGAUUCAUCCUGAUCGAAGAGCCCAAGACCUGGGCAGAAGCGCAAUCAUACUGCAGAGAGAAAUACACGGAUCUAGCGACGGUUCAGAGCGAUGAAGACCGAGUCAAACUAAAGGAGGAAGCAAACACUGUGAACUUCAGCUCUGUCGCCUGGAUCGGCUUCUACAAACACCCUUGGCUUUGGUCGUAUCAAAACACCAUAAUAAGCUAUGCGAGGUGGGGUAACCCGCAGCCGAACAUGCCUGACACAAAUGAGGCCUGUGCAUUUGUGAAUAGAUUCGGACAAUGGGUUGAUGCAAACUGUACUGAAAUAAAACCCUUCUUUUGCCAAACUGACAAGGUCAAACUUACAGACAAGUUCAAGUACAGUGACAAGAUCGUGCUGAACUGGUAUGAUGCUCAAACGUACUGCAGAUCACAUUUAACAAACCUGGCCACCAUUAUAGAUGACACAGAGAACUCGUUCCUCGCAAAAGAGCUUGUUUCAAAGAAUGACUGGGAUGCCUGGAUCGGCCUGUCCAGGAUCCCAAUGCAGUGGUCAGAUGACAGCAGUGUUUCGUGGUCUUCAUUGGAAUGGGAGUCCGGGCAGCCUGAUAAUGUGAACGGCACUGAAGAUUGUGUGAGUGCUGAUACGGACGGACAGAUGGCUGACGACUCCUGCUCAACUCUACAGCCUUUCUACUGCCGCGAAAACAGGAAAAUACAGCGUGUGAGAUUCACAGUGAAAUCAGGCGGAUCUCUGGACAAGUCAACAGUGAUGAAGGCCAUAGAGAAGAAGAUGAAGCAGAUCCUCUCGGUUCAGGAUGUGAAAGUCAGAUACAGCAUCACAUGGAGCGUCCAGCCUGACGGGGAGAUCUUCCAGCAGCAGGAAACACGAGAAAACCAGAACAACACACAAGACACAGCAACAACAUGUGACGAGCUGGGGCCAAUGAAACGCUAGAGUCUGGUACUUACAAUAACUUCCAAUCGUUUAUGAGUGUGUAAGGUACAAGAAUUUACAGCAAAAGAGAGAACAUGUUUAUUACAUUAUCACAUUUAAUACACUUAAUACAUGCACUGCUACUGUUUAUCUGAAGCUUUACAUACUGUACAAAUACUUAAGAUUAUAAAGUACUACACAAAU